AUGAGUUCUCCAUCAUCAUCAUUCAUUCUCCCAGAUAGCCCACCACCACAUAAGCGUAUCCUCAACUACUGGCAACAGAAAGCUGCCCUCGCUGCCAAGUCGUCCGCUGCUGCACCUGCUCCUUCUCCGCUCACCGUGGAACCACCAUCGCCGGGCAAGAUCGUGCUGGGAGACAGUCUGCUUCAACGCCUGGCUCCACCUGCUACCUGGGCACCGCGGCAAGUGGUGCUAACUACUCUAUCCAACAAGAUCAAGCAGAAGCAGGGGAAGAGGAGGUUGGCUUUUGAGGAGCCUGAGGUUAGCGGGGAAGAGGAUGAAGAGACAAUCUACUCACAAACAAAGAAACAUGCUGGAAUGGAGGACGCCUCGUCACUUGUCCCCCUGAUGAAGGAGGUGCAGCGGGCGGAGGAGGAUGAGUUGGACUUUGUCCAACUCAUCAAUCAGCCUGUAGCAAAACCCUGGGUGCCGCUGAGAGAGUUAAAGGAGGAUGCCCCCUACCCCAUUAUCAGCACAAGGGAGCAUACGAAUAAACACGGACGACAAGUUAUUUUAAAAAUUAGCAAUGCAGGAAGCAAAUCUGUGUGUGCAGCACACCGAUCCAGAAGCCACCAGUGGGUGGGGGAGGAGCAGAAACGGGAGGAGGAGGAGGGGGAGAAAGACGGAGGAUUCGAUGAGCCCGCCGAACAGAAAGAAGUGGACAAGCAAUUUAGUAGCUGGUCAGAGCUGGACCUGACAACAGCAACGCAUGUGGUGUGA